CGCUGCCGUUUUGGACCAUUUUAAUUUCAAGGGCAUUUUCGCCCAAACAAAAACAAUACAAUCUUGAUGAUUCAGCGAGAGAAUCCACAGCAGAGGAUCUAAUUAUUACGUAUAGGUUUUUCUGCUUUUGCAGGAGGUGGUUUCUGGUUUUUUACUUGUGUUUUCUCAGAAUUGCCUAACCCCUUCCUUGGAUACACAGCCAAUAAAGUAUAAAGAUAUCCUAAUCUAAUGUAGGCUCACUUUGUUUGUUUGUCCUGAUUAAACGAUUUGUGGCAUAACUUCAUUUGCACACAUCAUAAAAAUGUCUAACAAAAUUGGCACAUUCAAGCUGUUGAGCGGAUAUUCAAUUCCGUUAACAGUCCUGGGUACUUAUCUUAUGGAAGGCGAUGAGCUUUUCAAAUCCUUAGACAAAGCUUUAGCAGCGGGUUACCGAGCGUUUGACACGGCUCAUAUGUACAACAACGAAAAAAGCAUGGGCGACGCUUUAAAAGAGUUGUUACCAAAGCACAAUUUAAGUAGAGAAGAUAUAUUUAUACAAACAAAGCUUGAUCCAUCUCAUCAUGGUGAUAAAGCAAGACGUGCUUUGGAGGCUUCACUAAACAAACUACAGUGCGAUUAUAUAGACUUAUAUUUAAUUCACUGGCCCGGUUCUUAUACUGUUUCAUCUAAGAGUGGGGAAAAUUUAAAGUUGCGUACUGCCAGUUGGGCAGCACUUGUUGAAGCACAGAAAGAUGGGUUAGUCAAGAGUCUUGGUGUUUCGAAUUAUAUUACUCGUCAUCUCAAUGAAUUGUUAAGCAAUUGUUACGGCGUUAAACCGGUACUGAAUCAGAUGGAGUGGCAUCCGGGUUGUUUCGAUAAUGAACUAAAGCAAUUGUGCGAUAGAGAAGGUAUACUUAUACAGGCAUAUAUGCCUUUAGGUGGUAGUGGAAACUCAAGUCUGUUAAGAAAUAAAGCUGUCAGCUCUAUUGCAAAAAAAUUGGAAAAAUCACCAGCACAAGUAUUGCUACGUUGGUGUUUACAACAAAAUGUUGGCGUGGCACCUAAAGCUCGUUCAAUGGAGCAUUUAAAGAAUAAUCUAGAAACGGAUUUUGUUAUACCAGAGAGUGAUAUGGCAUUACUUAAUGAUGUAAAUAGUAUAAGAUUUGAUUGGAACCCAUAUAAUGUACUUUAGACAGUCGUUUAACCUUCAUAAAAUGAACUUUGAUAAUACAACCUGGCCGUUAUAAAUAAAAGUAAUUCAAGAUUAGCUUUUUUA